CUUUAUAAUGGAUAUGGUCCUGAUGAGUCUCCUGACCGAAUUAUCACUAUCAAUUUUUUUUUACAAAAAGCUCAAACUGAGCAAAGACUUUUCUCAGAUUUCUUCUAUUUUUAGAGAAUCAUGGAGAAAACUGCAGGAAAGCCAAUCAGAUGCAGAGCUGCAGUAUGUAGAGUUCCAGGAGAAGCAUUGGUGAUGGAAGAAAUAGAAGUGGCACCACCUAAAGCUUAUGAAGUUAGGAUUAAGAUUCUAUGUACUUCUCUUUGUCACAGUGAUGUUACCUUCUGGAAAAUGCCUAGUUCUCCUAUUUCGAUAUUCCCGAGGAUAUUCGGACACGAAGCUGUCGGAGUGGUUGAGAGCGUGGGGGAAAAUGUAACGGAGGUAAAAGAGGGAGAAACUGUGGUGCCCGUGUUUCUAGCGAAUUGCGAAUACUGCAGAGAUUGUAAAUCCAAGAAGAGCAAUAUUUGUACAUCUUUCCCAUUCUCAUCAGCUCCAGGUAUGCCCAGGGAUGGACCUGGAACUAGUAGAUUCACGGGUUCCAAUGGAGAAACUUUACAUAAUUUCUUUGGGGUUUCGAGUUUUACCGAGUACACGGUUGUGGAUAUUGCUUAUGUUGUCAAGAUUAGCCCUGAAAUUCCUAUUGAUAAGGCUUGCUUGCUUAGUUGCGGUGUCUCAACAGGGGUUGGUGCAGCUUGGAAGGUGGCCGAUGUAGAGGCAGGAAGCACUGUUGCCAUCUUCGGCCUUGGAGCCGUUGGGCUUGCGGUUGCAGAGGGUGCUCGAAUACGCGGAGCUUCUAAAAUUAUUGGUGUCGAUUUAAAUCCAGAAAAGUUUGAAACUGGGAAGAAAUUUGGAGUGACUGAUUUCAUCAAUCCAAAGGAUUGUGGGGAGAAACCAGUUAGUGAGGUAAUAAAAGAAAUGACAGAUGGAGGUGCUGAUUACUGUUUCGAGUGUGUCGGGUUAGCUUCCGUGAUGAAUGACGCCUUCACUAGCUGUCGUGAUGGUUGGGGGAAGACAAUCGUGUUAGGAGCGGAAAUGCAUGGUGCACCCUUGAGCAUCAACACAUAUGAGCUAUUGAGAGGUAAAAGCAUAGAAGGUUCAUUGUUUGGAGGCAUCAAAGCUAAGACUGAUAUUCCACUCCUUGCUCAAAGUUACCUUAACAAGGAACUUCAUUUGGAUGAAUUCAUCACUCAUGAAAUCAAUUUUGAAGAGAUCAACACAGCAUUUGAUUUACUCAGUCAAGGGAAGAGCCUGAGAUGCAUUAUUUGGAUGAACAAAUAGACCUUCUUCUUUACUCCUACAAGAAAAAUGGACAACAGCAAAAUCAUAGUUGGUGAAUGUUCCCACCCAUGCUUGAUUUGGCAGGCAUAUCAUUGAUUUUAUUCUAAUACUGUAAGAUAAAACCCCAACCAGAAAAAGAAAAAAGUUUCUUCCAUAAAAUUCACAGCUUCUAGCUAGGCCUUGCCAAUUCUUUUACCAAGGAAUAUGAAUUAGAAAACGUAAUGAGUUGGUUGUGCUUGUGAUGGUGUUAGAUAAAAGAUGCUCGUCCAACGUGCUAGUAUUUUGUUUUCCUUUUAUUUUGAAAUGCAAUCCUAUGUUGAUACUGGGUCACUGA